CACAUAUCGAAUUUGAAGUUGAAUUUUUCUGUUUAAAAUUGUUUUCCUGCUUUUUAAAUUGAUUGAAACAGUUUUGAUUUUGUUUUUAACUUUGAAACGGUGUUAUUUGUUUGGAAAAUAAUUAAUCAUGUGCAUUUUGUUGAGUUUUGUUUGAAUAUUUGGUGUAAAAUAGUUAUUUACGUGUAAAACUGGCUUGGACGCAAACAAAUCGAUGAUGGAUAUUAAUGAACGGCAUUCGCUAUUGCGUGAUAAACUCAAUAAUUUAGGUUUUACGCAACCACUUCCAUUCGGUUCGUUGGCUAUCGUGUCGGCGCUAUUUGAUGAUCUCAUUUUAACGAAUAAAAAUUUAAAAGAUGCCAGAAAAACGAUUUCAAGCUUGGAAAAGGAGAAAACGGCAUGGAGUCUCGGCGUCGAACCGUAUAAAUGUGACAAUUCAAAAUUGUUGGCCGAAUGUAAUUCGCUGCACUUGGAUAUGAUUCGUCAGCGUGACAUAUAUCAGACGAAAAUAUUCGAAUUAAAUAAAUCGAUUCGAAAUUUAGAAUAUGUGAAUCGUGAAUUGAAUCAACAAUGCGCUGAAUUGAAUGCAAAAAUUGACGUAUUAGAUCCAAAACAGCGAAAAAGUCGCAAUGAUUUACUGAAUCAAAAGCGAAAACCAUUUAUUUCAACGGUGCGAUCGGGUGAAUUUUUACCAUCAACAUUAAAAUCGAUUGAGAAUAUGGAUGGAAAAUCGAAAUGUACAUGCCAAUCGGAAAAAGAUGAUAUGUAUGCACGAUUGUAUGCCGAACAAGAAGCGAACAAAGUCAAAACACAUUUGGAACUAAUGGAAUUGUACAAGUCACAGCUUGAAAGUCGUAAUCGUGAAAUAAGUCGACUAAAUCAAUUGCUAGCUGGUGGUCGGCCAAUAUCAGCGUUGGCAAAAGAUUGUUGUUACCGUGACAUUAGUUCACUGGCCGAGGAUAUUCAACGGUUACAACGUCAGAAAUCAGAAAUCGAAGCAAAUUAUGAACAAGCGAUUAAGGCUCAAUCGCAUGCACACGACGAAGUCACGCUAUUAAAAGAGCAAAAUGAGAAAUUGGCCAAAGAGUUAAAUGAAAUCAAAGACGUUGCAUUAAGUGUUGAAACCGAGGCAAAUGUAUCCCUCGAAGCUCUAUACAAACGAAACACAACACUGAAACAUAAGCUGAAUGAUUCAAAGAAACGAAUUCAGGAAUUGGAAUCACAAAUAGAUGCCAUUGGUGGCAGUGGUGGUACAAGAGAUCUCAAAGCAGCCAAUAUACAAAUUAAAUUUUUACAAGAACAACUGCAAAGUGUUACAAACAAAGAAUGUGAGCUAAAAACGGAAGUUGAAAAACUGACAAAAAAGAAUGCAAAAUUAAAGGGAAAAUUAUCGGCGGAUGCAUGUAAGUGUAAUACAUCGCAGACAAUGAUCACCACAGAUGUGGGAACCAUGACAUCGGGUUCACAUGAAAGCUGUUCGAUUGAUGUGAAUCGAUUGAAAAUCGAUCGUGAUUUUUAUCAACAAGAAUACUUGAAACUUUUAAACAAGCCACUUGCCGACACUGAGAUCAAUCUCUUGCGCAAACAACUCAUUGAAAAAGACUAUGAGAUUAAAGCUUUACGAAGAAAAUGGGAUACAAAUUAUAUGAUAAAUGAACCCUCGUCACAGCCAUGCAAAGCCGUUGAGGCGGCCAUGCAUCGAUUGGAACGCGAGAAAAAAGUAUUACAAGACACAAUCGACCGUUUGACGACCGAAUGCAAUGAAUUACGCGAUAGUUUACAUUUAACAUCGACAACACAACGUGACCAAUACACGCGAGAUGAAUGUGAAAUCGAUCGACUGCGGCAGAGAAUUCGACAAAUUGAAAGUGAAAAUGUAAGCCUAAAAACAAUGGAAGCAACAUCAAAGUCAACAGUAACAAUUUUAAAAGAUGAAAUUGUUCAGUUGAAUACACAAGUGACCGAACUCAAUGAAGAGAUUGCGAAAUUGCGUACGUCAAGCAAUCACAUGAAAGUUUUGCAGGAACAAACUGAGAAUGCGUUGAUUGAACACCAGAAUCGAUUAAGCCAUUGUGAACGGCAACGAAAUCAGGCCGAAUCACGUCUAAAUGUCGUUGACAGCAGCCGAACUGAUGGUUUCCGUGAGAUCGGUGAAUUGCGCGCCGAAAUUACCAGACUGAAAACGUUGAAUGCCACAUUGAACAUUGAAAAGGACAAAUUAAUUAAUGACUUGGAUGCAAAAACAGAGGAACUUUAUCAAUUAGAACCGAAAAUGGAUGCAACGAAGACGCGUGUUAUUGAGCUUGAAGCGGAAUUGGCAAUAGUCCAUCGACAGAUAAACAACAUAAGUUCGGACAAUGAUCAUAGCAAGAGCAUUUUGCAACAGACCACCAAUGAAGUGGAAGAUUUGCGACGUCAAAUCAAACAAUUGAAACAUAUCAAUGACAAUUUAAUGUUUGAAAAUCGUCGUUUGACAAACGAAUUGGCCGAUGAAGAGUGCAACGACCGGGUAUUGAAGACGAAACUAAAUGAUGCUGAAAAAGAGAUCGAUCGACUAAAACGUCAAUUGCAACAAUAUGUACAAGAGGUGCAACGAGCCGAAGAGCUACUUCAUCGAAAGGAAGAAGAACGAAAUGGAAUGCUUGAACAGUAUAAAACAUUGAGUCACGAUGCCGUUGCAUUGGAGGGUACUAAUCAAAGUUUGGAAUUGGAAGCAGCAGAAUCCAAACGUACCGCAAUUGAAUUGGAAGGGAAAGUUGCACAACUUCAAAUUCAAUUGAGUGCCCGUGAUGACGAGCUCAACGCAGCCAAUUUGAGAGUGUGUGAAUUAACGAAAAAAAUCAAUCAAAUGGAGUUGAACAUUGAUCGAUACAAACAUGAUCUCGAUAGAGCCCAAAAGGAAUUGGACGCUGAGAGAGAUCUAUGCACUAAACUAGAUAUUGAAAUUGAGAAACUAAAUGCUGAAAUACACGAAUAUUCAGAAAUUCGACAAGAUCUCGAGUGUGAAAUCGAAAAGCUACGAAGUCAAUUGUCACUAUUUAAGGUCGGCGAUAAAGCGGUUACUGAGAGUCUAAAGCAAAUUUUAUCCGGAACAAGAAAAGAUUUGGAUGAUGAACGCACAAAUUCAAAUUGUCUUAAGAGAGAAAUCGAUAAACUACGUUCACGCAUUGAAGAGUUACAAGCUAACCUAACAGAGGAGCAUGAAAAUGCAAUUCGCCAAGAAACAUUGGCCAGAGAAUAUCAUUUACAAUUUCAAGAGCUGAAAAAUAAAAUGAUCGACGAUCGAUUUAAACAAGCCGCGAAGGACGAAUCGACGGAUCGCUUUUCAUCUAUAUGACAAUUACAUUUUCAUUAGUUUAAUAUACAACCAAUUGACAAUAUUUGCUCUAUUGCACCGUCUUUGAUUUGUUUAGUACAAUUUUUUUAUACACAAAUAAA